AUUAGUAUUUCCCAUAGGAAAUGUUAAUCGAUAGAUCACAUUGAAAGAAGUUCAUCGAAAAGAAUAUCAAAUCACUUAUAAACCAAUCGAUUAGUUUGCACUGGAAGAAAUUCUUCAUAUUAACUCAUCCUUCGAGCUGGAACAAUGCAUGCAUUUCAUUUGUGACUUACAACCAAUCGAUUAGUCUAUUAUAGAAUAUUGAUAAUUCCUUCGAGUCUGAUUUGGCAUUAAUUAGCAGACACACUUAAUGAUAUAGAUAGUUAUAAAAUAACUGUCCGAACAAAUUGAGUACAGUUUACAGCAAAGGAAGAAAUAAAGUUUUGAAUUGCUCACAAUUGAUUAGCAUCGUCGUCCAUGGUUACGAUUCAGGACCGCGGCUUUCCAAUUUCCACUGAAAACUAAUGAGAAAGUCCCGAAAUUUCAGUAAUUAUCGCGCACAUCUAAUUGGAAUCUUAUUGACUAAACAAAGGGACGCCACGAUCGUAGCAACAGACACCCGGCACGUCAAUUUUUUUUUUUUUGCAAUAAAAAUGCAUUGGUAACAAUUAAACAAAAGAAAGUGGUGGUGGGAAAGCGUCGGUCCGCCAUUUUGCAAGAGUCUAAAUUUCUAAUUAAUUAACGCGAAUAUCUCAAUUAAUAAUUAUAAUGGAAAACGCACAUUUUAACACAAGCUACGCAAUCGAUUAGCGAACAAAUUGGGAGACUUUCAAUGCAUUGCGAAUUUUUUUUUGGUUUCGUAUCAGAUUCAUCACUAACCUUUAAUAGCCGCUAAAUCUAAUGGGAUUGUGUGAUCUCCGUUGAUGGUUUUCGCUAAACGCACCACAAUUCAUUAUAUUUAAACCAGUUGCACAACAAUUUUGAACUUUUAAACCCGGAAAGCACGUCGACUCAUAGAAGACUGACUGACUGACCGUCCCUCUCCGCGCAACGACGCAGUCGCAGUUGGUGAUACCAACUCAUAUUUAAGUUAUAAAAUUUUGAUAAUAUCAAAACUCCCUCUUGUGGAUCAAUUGAUAAAUACAUUUGCGCCAAUAUGACAAAAAUUUAUUUUCCAAUAAGAUGACUAUGAAUCAAUGAGCUAAUGCCAAUAUGUGUGUUCGAUUAGUAUUUCCCAUAGGAAAUGUUAAUCGAUUGAUCACAUUGAAAGAAGUUCAUCGAAAAGAAUUUCAUAUCACUUAUAAACCAAUCGAUUAGUUUGCACUGGAAGAAAUUCAUCAUAUUAACUCAUCCUUCGAGCUGCAACAAUGCAUGCAUUUCAUUUGUUACUUACAACCAAUCGAUUAGUUUAUUAUAGAACAUUGAUAAUUCCUUCGAGUCUGAUUUGGCAUUAAUUUACAUCAAAUAUUAGCAGACACACUUAAUUAUAUAGAUAGUUAUAAAAUAACUGUCCGAACAAAUUGAGUACAGCUGUAAAAAAAAAACAAAGGAAGAAAUAAAGUUUUGAAUUGCUCACGAUUGAUUGGCAUCGUCGUCCAUGGUUACGGUUCAGGACCGCCGCUUUUCAAUUUCCACUGAAAACUAAUGAGAAAUCCACGAAAUUUUAGUAAUUAUCACGCACAUCUAAUUGGAAUCAUGUUGACUAAACAAAAGGACGCGCACAACUACGUCAUAGAGACGCCACGAUCGUACCAACAGAUACCUGGAUCGUCAAUUUUUUUUUGCAAUAAAAAUGCAUUGGUAACAAUUAAACAAAAGAAGUGGUGCAGGGUAAGCGUCGGUUCGCCAUUUUGCAAGAGUCGAAAUUUCUAAUUAAUUAACGCGAAUAUCUCAAUUACUAGUUAUAAUGGAAAACGCACAUUUUAACACAAGCUACGCAAUCGAUUAGCGAACAAAUUGGGUGAGUUUCAAUGCAACACGAAUAUUUUUUUUUUGUUUAGUAUCAGAUUCAUCACUAAACUUUAAUAGCCGUUAAAUCUAAUGGGAUUGUGUGAUCUCCGUUGAUGAGACACAGCACAAUUCACUGGAUUUCAACUAGUUGCACAACAAUUUUGAACUUUUGAAACAGGAGCGAACGCCGAAACCAGCCGAAGCAUCGAAGAACAAACCACGAUUGAGCGUCGUCCCCUAGCGGCGAACCGACGCAACCGCAACAGGACACGAACCUGUUUUCCAAUGUAUGCAAAUCGCGGUGGCCAGUUCCGCCCAGGAACAUUCGAUUGUUUCUGUAUUUAUAAUCGACGAAACCGCGAUGAAACAGUCUACUGAUCGCAGUGCGCCAUGGUCGAUUCGAACGAAAUCCGAGAGCUUUUGCCCGAAUUCCCCGCCGGUCCUCUGGACGAGUUCAGAGGCAAAGCCUCCUUCGAUUGGAGGAAACUGAAGUUGUUCUUGGAACCGAAGGACGUGAUCCUGUACAAAAAACGAUUCGUGGAAGCGCUGAAGACGGAUCCGAUUUUCAAUGAGGAGGAGACGCAGCACGACGAGAUCAGACGGAUUUCCGCUCACAAGAUACGUCGCAUGAACGAAAUCCCCGAAUUCCAUGCGGACUUCUCCGGCAAUCUGCUGAAACUUGGAGUUUUCCCCGAGGUGCUGAAUCUCGCGGAUCCCUCGAACUUGGUGACGUUCAUGGUCAACAGGAACUUGUACACGUCAGCCGUCGAGGGUCUGGGAACUGAAAAACACCAGCAUUUGGUUAAAGCUAUUGAAGAGAGCAAAAAUUUCGGUUGUUUUUGCAUGACCGAAAUCGGACACGGUUCAGAUACGAAGCGGUUGAAGACCAAAGCCACCUACGAUGCGAAGAGGAGGGGUUUCGUCUUGGAGACGCCCGAUUUCGAGGCGGCGAAAUGUUGGUCGGGGUUGCUGGGGCAACUGGCGACUCACGCCGUCGUUUACGCCCAGCUGUACACUCCGGAUGGUUGUUGCCAUGGUUUCCAUCAGUUCGUCGUGCAGAUCAGGGACGAGAGGACGCUGCUGCCGAUGUCUGGGAUCGUAGUUGGCGAUAUGGGCGUUAAGAUCGGCUUGAACGGAGUCGACAACGGUUACUUGCUGUUCGACAAGUACUUCGUGGGAAAGGAGGCUCUGCUGAAUCGUUACGCGGACGUCACGGACGAUGGCGAGUACGUGGUGCUCGUCGAGGAUCCGAAGAGGAUGUUCGGAGCUGCCCUGGCGACGUUAUCGGAAGGCAGAUUGAAGAUCAUCAGUCUCUGCACGGCCUUCCUGAUUAAAGCCGUGACGAUUGCUGUAAGAUAUGCAGCCGUUAGGAAGCAGUUCGGGCCUUCGAAUCAAGAAGAAAUCUCCAUCAUCGAGUAUCAAACUCACCAACACCGGUUGCUUCCUUACCUUUCAGCCGCUUUCGUUUACAAGGUGUUUUCAGCGCAGAUCCUACGCAAACACGCGAGCGAAUGCUCUCAUCCCGGAUACGGAUACGAGAUACACGCCAUCUCUUCGGCAGCGAAACCGGUAGCGAGUUGGUUCCUGAUGGAAGCUCUGAACGAAUGCAGACAAGCUUGCGCCGGUCACGGUUACCUCAAAUCCGCGGAAUUGGGCGACCUCAGGAACGACGCCGACGCUAACUGCACGUACGAAGGAGAGAAUCACGUCCUCAAUCAGCAGACGAGCAAUUUCCUCCUGAAGAUUUGGCCUAAAGUCCUGAAAGGAGAACACAUCGAUUUCCCAUUAGAAUCCAUCAACUUUUUAUCCGACAUCCAAACGAUAAUGAACUUCAGAGUCAACUUUAACAGUUACGAAGAGUUCAUCCAUCCACGACACAUCAUCGACAUGUACAGAUGGUUGACAGUUCACCUGCUGAAAGCCUCCUACGAUAAAUACGAAGCGUCCAUGGAGAAAACAAAAGACGCCUUCCUGUCAAAGAACGACAAUCAAGUGUACUUUUCGCGUCGCCUCACUAUAAUCUACAUAAACCAUUACAUCCUGCAGACUUUCCAGCGAGAAAUGUCCUCGAUCACCGAUGAAAAUGUCCAUGAAGUAAUGCGAAAAGUGUUCGCUUUGUACGCGCUCUUCGUGCUGGAAAAGCAUAUAGGUUUCUUGUAUUCGGGCGGAUUGUUCGUCGGCGGUGAACCGGGAACUCUACUUCGCGAUUCCAUCCUGAGGCUGUGCCACGACUUGAAAGAUGAUGCGGUAACUCUGGUGGACACGAUCGCACCGGACGACUACUUGAUCAACUCGUUCAUGGGAAAAUCCGAUGGAAAAGUGUACGAGCAUCUGCAGAAACAAUUGCCGGUUCCCAAUGCAAGGCCAACUUGGUGGAGAGAACUCUUAACUCCGUCCCAAUCGAAAUUAUGAACGAUUUAAAGAAAAUAUUUGUAAUAUUAAUUAAUUAUAUGUAUAGUCAAAAUUCGAUCUAUAUUCGAUAGAAAGGCGGAUGUUAGAUAACAAGAAAAAAACAAAAGAAUGUUUUAACUUUGAACUUUGU